GUUUAUGAUCUGGUCACAGAAGAAAAAGCGAAGAAGGUUCUUUCUUAUGUUGAGAAUAGUGCUAUGCUGCCGAAUCAUGCAAAAAUCCCACAAAAUGCUGAAGAAUCCGUCCUAGAAAUUUCUCAAAACCCUCAAAAAUCGAUAUCACCGCGGGUGGAGAUCCAUAAAGAAAUCACCGAAGAAAUACUGUCAAGACUGCCGGUGAAAUCAAUCCUAAGAUUCAGGUGUGUUUCGACAUCAUGGCGAUCUCUGAUCGACAGCAAACGAUUCAUCAAAACCCACCUUCAAAAUUCGGCAAGAAACCCUAGUUUAGCCCACCACAAGGUUUUGUUUCACAAUAAAUCUAUCUAUAAAAAAGUGCCAACGCUGAUGCGACGGCCUGUACUCGAUAGCUCAGAAGAUCAAGCUCUAGAAUUGGAAUUCCCAAUCGAUUUUCAUUGUAUUGUGGGUUGCUGCAAUGGACUGGUUUGCCUUGUAGGGUAUAAACAGUUUGUGUUGUGGAACCCAUCUACCGGAAUCUCCAAGAAAUUGCCUCCUUACUUUGACGACUACAAGACGAGGUCCAUAUGUUACAACAGUUGUGGGUUCGGUUGGGAUGAGUCGAGUGGCGAUUACAAGGUUUUUGCGACUGCGACUAUGAGUGCCAGGGCUAUAGCUAAGAUGUAUAGCUUGAAGCGUGAUUCAUGGAAGGAAGUGAAGGGUUGGGAUUCAUGGAAGACUCCUGAUUGGUGUACAACAAUAUGGGAAAUGGGGGUUUUAGCAAGUGGGAGUCUCCAUUGGGAGAGGUAUUAUAGACGAGGCGUGUAUGCAUUCGACUUGAAGAGAGAGGUGUUGGGGGCGGUGGAGUUGCCGGAGAGCCGGGAGGGCCGCUGGUGGGAGGGUAUUGGGGUGAUCGGAGAAUGCCUUUCGCUAUACAACGGGUGUGAGGAUUCGAGUUAUUUGGAGAUUUGGAUGAAGAAGGAGUCUUGGGAGAAAGUGGUGGUUCUUGAUCAGAAAUGUAAUCCUCUCCAUAUUUCUCCGGCCUUGGCUCCUUUCUGGGGUGGUGGGUUUUUGUUGAUCAAGAUUGGGAAUUUCUUGGUUUUUGAUGGGAAAGGGUUUAGGAAGGUGGUUUCGUUGAAAGAUUCCAAUGUCUACAUUGAAAGUUUAGUCUCACCAUUAGAGGCCUAGUUUCUUGUUGAUUUUGUAUUAAUGGCUGAGGCCAAAUAUUUCUUUUUUUUUUAGGGGACACUAUGCAAUUUCUUUGU